AUGAACCACGAUUUGCCCAGGAAGAUUGUGGUGUACAGGGAUGGGGUUUCUGACAGCCAGCUGGACACUGUGCUCAAGUAUGAGAUCCCCCAGAUGCAGAAGUGUUUUGGGACCUUUGAGAAUUACCAGCCCAGCAUGGUGGUGGUGGUGGUGCAGAAACAAAUGAGCACCAACUUCUACACCCUGGCAGCAGAACAGCUCAGCUCCCCCCCCCCAGGAACAGUCAUUGACCACACAGUCACCAGCUCUGAGUGGCAGGACUUCUUCCUCCUGGCCCACGUCUCCAGGCAGGGCUGCAGCGUCCCCACGCGGUACAUCUGUGUGCUGAACACCGCCAGCAUCAGCACCGAGCACCUCCAGAGACUCACCUUCAAGCUCUGUCACCUCUACUGGAACUGGCCGGGCACCGUCCGUGUGCCAGCGCCGUGCAAAUACGCUCACAAGUUGGCGUUCCUCACGGGGCAGAUCCUGCACCACGAGCCCAGCCCACACCUGGCUGACAAACUCUUCUUCCUCUGACCCCCCAGGGCCUCAAAAUGGGCUGAAAAAGGAG